GCUACAAAGUACCGGCUUUUGGACUGCUUGUGAUUUAAUAAUUAUUUAACUCUUUGCGGGAUAACAUAUACGCCUUACCAGACACUAGUGAACAAGGCGUGAAGCAGAGCCCGAUAAAUGCCACACAAAAUCAACGUGGGCCUCGUGGCACUGGCCGCUCUGGCGGCGGCCGUACUGGCCGACCCAUCGGUUGAUCGGCGCGCCAGCAUGGGGUUCAUGGGCAUGCGGGGUAAAAAGGAUCGCGACCAAGGUGGUGGCGGUAGUAGGUCUGACGAGACUUCCACCGCAGUCGAUCUGGACAAACGAGCCAUGGUGUUCCGACGCCCCAUGUUCGACGGUGGAAGCAGGCCCGGGAUGUACGGUUUGGCGGAGGGCUUCAAGCGGGCCAGUAUGGGUUUCAUGGGCAUGCGUGGCAAAAAGGAUUACUACAGCAACAACAAGGGUUCCGCGGCCGGGUUCUUCGGUAUGCGCGGCAAAAAGGUUCCGUCCGCAGACGCGUUCUACGGCGUCCGCGGCAAGAAGUGGCUGGACCACGAGGACGCCGUUGACGAGGACGGCCAAUUGUCCCCAAUAUACAUCAUGUACAGGAUCAUCGACGAACUGAAGUCUGAACUUUCGGACCGGGAGCGAAAUUUGAUGGCAGUUAAAUUCGACGAAGAAAGAGAAAUGCGUUGAAUUCGAUUUUAUUUUUUUUUAAUAACAAUACCGUAGCAUGAAAUUAAUAUCUACUAUAAAACAUGAGUUUUGCUAUUUAAAUUUGUUUAAGAUGACUAAUUUAGUAGUUAAUAUCUUUAACGUUAAAAAAAAAACAUUCUAUUAAUUGUAUAAAGG